AGUGUGCAAAGAGUUCUUGAAAUGGAUAGAAACACCCCCAAAAAUCACGAGGAAGAAAGCAAACAAAAAAUAUUUAUUUAUAAAACAGAAAGAAAGUCAGAAAUCAGAGCUUUUCAGUUAUUCAAUUUAAAUGACUUCUGAUUUCGGGAAACUAUGUGAAGAAUCUUCUGAUGAAUUUCUUCCUUUACUUGACUAUUAUUUAAGAAUCAUACAUUGCUUUGUCUCAAACCCAUCAUCUUCUCCACUCUCUGCUUUCAAAGGUUUAAGUUGAGAUUGAGAAUUUGAAGAUUAAUUAAAAUAUAAUGGAUGAGAAAGCGUUUCCUGCUUGGUCAUGGUCUGUGGAUGAUUGCUUGAAAGCGUAUAACGUAAAGCUUGAGAAAGGUUUGUGUUCAUACGAUGUAGAGAAGCAACGUGAAGUUCACGGGUGGAAUGAGCUGAAAAAAGAGAAAGGGAAGCCAGUAUGGGAGCUUGUGAUUCAACAAUUUGACGAUAUGCUUGUGAAGAUCCUUGUUGUUGCGGCCUUCAUUUCGUUCAUGCUAGCAUACUUUGAAGAAACAGAUGAAAGCCAAGAAUAUUCAGGAGGAGGAUAUGUUGAACCUGUUGUGAUCGUUUUAAUCCUAAUCCUAAAUGCAAUCGUGGGCGUUUGGCAAGAAACUAAUGCCGAAAAAGCCCUGGAAGCUUUAAAGGAGAUGCAAUGCGAAUCAUGCAAGACUUUAAGAGACGGGUAUUUGGUGCCCGACCUGCCCGCUAGAGAGCUUGUACCAGGAGAUAUUGUGGAGCUGCGAGUAGGGGAUAAAGUCCCGGCAGACAUGAGAGUGGCGGUUUUGAAAACUUCAACUUUAAGAGUGGAGCAGAGCUCUUUAACCGGUGAAUCUGUUCCUGUUUUGAAAGGAAAUCAUACAAUUAAUGAUGAUGAUUCAUCAUGUGAUCUGCAGGCUAAAGAUAACAUGGUUUUUGGUGGGACAACGAUUGUGAACGGGAGCUGUAUAUGCAUUGUUGUCAACACCGGGAUGAGGUCGGAGAUCGGGCAGAUACAGAAACAAAUACAUGAAGCUUCCAUGGAAGAAUCCGAGACCCCACUGAAGAAAAAGCUUGAUGAAUUUGGGAACAGUUUCACAACCGUGAUCGGGGCUGUCUGUCUUGCUGUUUGGGUUAUCAACUACAAGUAUUUCUUGACGUGGGAGAUGGCCGACAGCUGGCCGACAGACAUUCGCUUUUCAUUCGACAAGUGCACGUAUUAUUUCAAAAUAGCCGUCGCCCUUGCAGUGGCUGCCAUUCCGGAAGGUCUUCCUGCGGUUAUCACCACCUGUUUGGCUCUGGGGACAAGAAAAAUGGCUCAAAAGAAGGCGAUUGUGAGGAAACUUGGUAGCGUGGAGACGUUAGGGUGCACGACUGUGAUUUGUUCGGAUAAAACAGGCACGUUAACCACCAAUCAGAUGUCUGUUUCUGAGAUUUUCACAUUUGGAGGGAAAACAACAAACGCUCCUAGGAUGUUUCAUGUGGAAGGAACAACUUAUGACCCAAAAGAUGGGGGAAUUGUGGAUUGGAGUUGUUUCAAUAUGGAUGCUAAUCUACAAGCAGUUGCUGAAAUAUGUGCUGUCUGUAAUGAUGCGGGAAUUCAUUUUGAUGGUCGUAUUUUCAGAGUAACGGGUCUGCCUACUGAAGCCGCUUUGAAGGUGUUGGUAGAGAAGAUGGGGGUUCCCGAUCCCGAUGUCAAAGCAAGAAACAAGCAGAUUAUGGCAAACUAUCUCAUCGAUAACAACAGUGUUAAAUUAGGGUGCUGUGAAUGGUGGAUGAAAAGAUCAAAGAGGGUUGGGACAUUGGAGUUAGACCGUGUGCGCAAGUCCAUGAGUGUUAUUGUCCGCGAGCCAACAGGACAGAACCGGUUGCUUGUGAAGGGUGCAGUGGAGAGUCUGGUGGAGCGGAGUUCAGCAGUUCAGCUUGCGAAUGGGCGUGUUGUUCCAAUGGACGAAGCUUCUCGGGAGGUAUUGCUUUGGAGACAUGCAGAGAUGAGUGGCAAAGGAUUACGGUGUUUGGGUUUGGCUUAUAAGGAUGAUCUUGGUGACCUUUCCGAUUACAAUGGCCAACACCAUCCUCAUCAUCCUAAGUUGGUGGACCCCGCUUGCUACUCUUCCAUUGAAACCGACCUUAUCUUUGUUGGGGUUGUUGGUCUAAGGGAUCCACCUCGUGAUGAGGUUGAUUCUGCUAUUGAAGAGUGUCGUGGAGCGGGAAUAAAAGUGUUGGUGAUAACCGGAGACUAUAAGUCAACCGCAGAGGCGAUUUGUAAAGAAAUCGGGCUGUUUGAUGAAUUUGAGGAUCUGAGAGGUAAGAGUUUUACAGGUAAAGACUUCAUGGGGCUGUCUCCAUUGCAACAGAAAGAUAUUUUGUCAAAACCUGGCGGGAAGGUGUUCUCUCGUGCUGAGCCAAGGCACAAGCAAGAGAUAGUGAGGAUGCUUAAGGAGAUGGGUGAAGUUGUGGCCAUGACAGGAGACGGUGUCAAUGAUGCCCCUGCUUUGAAACUUGCUGAUAUUGGGAUUGCCAUGGGCAUCACUGGAACAGAGGUUGCUAAAGAGGCUUCUGAUAUGGUUCUAGCCGAUGAUAACUUUAGUACCAUAGUUUCUGCUGUUGGCGAGGGUCGAUCCAUAUACAACAAUAUGAAAGCUUUUAUCAGGUACAUGAUUUCAUCGAAUGUUGGGGAGGUUAUAUCGAUUUUCUUGAGUGCUGCAGUGGGGAUACCGGAAUGCAUGAUCCCUGUGCAGCUUCUAUGGGUGAACUUGGUUACGGAUGGUCCGCCUGCUACUGCACUUGGUUUUAACCCGGCUGAUGUUGAUAUCAUGAGGAAACCACCGCGUAAAUCCAGCGAUGCCCUCAUAGAUUCAUGGGUUCUGUUUCGCUACUUGGUGAUUGGGUGUUAUGUUGGGAUUGCAACUGUUGGUGUGUUUGUGGUAUGGUACACGCAGGCGUCCUUCCUGGGUGUCGAUCUGAUAGGAGAGGACGGGCAUACGCUUGUUUCGGUAUCUCAGCUCACAAACUGGGGAGACUGUCCUUCUUGGCCCGAUUUCUCAGUCGCACCAUUUGCAGUCGCCAGCAACCGGGUCAUGGCUUUCCCAAACCCCUGCGACUAUUUCACCACUGGAAAACUCAAACCAAUGACUCUGUCCCUCUCCGUCUUGGUGGCCAUCGAGAUGUUUAAUUCCCUAAACGCCCUUUCCGAAGACAACAGUUUGCUAACAAUGCCCCCUUGGAAGAACCCUUACCUCCUUGUUGCCAUGCUCGUUUCCUUUGGUCUCCACUGUUUGAUUCUUUAUGUUCCUUUCCUGGCUCAGGUGUUUGGUGUGGUUCCAUUGGGUUUCAACGAAUGGGUUUUGGUCAUCUGCUUUUCAGCUCCUGUCAUCCUUAUUGAUGAACUGCUCAAGCUCCUUGCAAGGACUACAAAAUCCACACAAAAAAAACUAAAGACUGCUUAACUUACCUCCCCUCCUUUUCUCUUUCUUUGCUCCCAUAAUCAUCAGUUUGUAAACUUUUUAAUUACAACAAAAUAACCUGCUAAAUAUGUUGAUGAAAUCUUUUCAUGUUUGUAAUCUACCAC